AAACAGACAAAGAAGUCCGCAUCUGGCGUCACAAUUCAGCACUAAGCAAGCGGGAAACAAGCUAGCAACAGCUAGCACGCUAGCUAAACAAGCAAACGGCGAGCACGCUGGCCAAAUAAAGCGCCGCCCAAGACUCCAGGAUGCCUCGGGAAAUCAUAACGCUACAACUGGGACAGUGCGGUAACCAAAUCGGCUUUGAGUUUUGGAAGCAGCUGUGUGCAGAGCAUGGCAUCAGUCCAGAGGGCAUCGUCGAGGAGUUUGCCACCGAAGGUACCGACAGAAAGGACGUUUUCUUCUACCAGGCCGACGAUGAGCACUACAUCCCCCGUGCGGUCCUCCUGGAUCUGGAGCCUCGCGUGAUCCACUCCAUCCUCAACUCUCCUUACGCCAACCUGUACAACCCCGAGAAUAUCUACCUGUCCGAGGACGGCGGAGGAGCCGGGAACAACUGGGCCAGCGGAUACUCGCAGGGGAAAAAAAUCCAAGAGGAUAUUUUCGACAUCAUUGACCGCGAGGCAGAUGGGAGCGACAGUCUGGAGGGUUUCGUCCUAUGUCAUUCCAUCGCUGGCGGUACGGGUUCCGGUCUGGGAUCCUACCUGCUGGAGAAGCUAAACGACAGGUACCCAAAGAAGCUGGUGCAGACCUACUCGGUCUUCCCUAACCAGGACGAAAUGAGCGACGUGGUGGUGCAGCCGUACAACUCGCUGCUGACCCUCAAGAGGCUCACGCAGAAUGCCGACUGCGUGGUGGUGCUGGACAAUACGGCGCUGAAUCGCAUCGCCACAGACCGGCUGCACAUCCAGAACCCUUCCUUCUCACAGAUCAACCAGCUGGUGUCCACCAUCAUGUCGGCGAGCACCACCACCCUACGCUACCCGGGAUACAUGAACAACGACCUCAUCGGCCUCAUCGCCUCGCUCAUCCCCACGCCGCGCCUCCACUUCCUGAUGACUGGUUACACGCCGCUCACCACCGACCAGUCGGUCGCCAGCGUGAGGAAGACCACUGUGCUGGACGUGAUGAGGAGGCUCCUGCAGCCCAAGAAUGUGAUGGUGUCCACGGGCAGAGAGCGUCAGCCCAGCCAUUGUUACAUCGCAAUCCUCAACAUCAUCCAGGGAGAGGUGGACCCCACUCAGGUGCACAAAAGCCUCCAGAGGAUCCGGGAGCGUAAACUGGCCAGUUUCAUCCCCUGGGGUCCCGCCAGCAUCCAAGUGGCGCUGUCCAGGAAGUCGCCGUACCUGCCGUCAGCCCACCGGGUCAGCGGCCUCAUGAUGGCCAAUCACACCAGCAUCUCCUCUCUGUUCGAGCGGACGUGCCGGCAGUACGACAAGCUGCGCAAGCGCGAGGCCUUCCUGGAGCAGUUCCGCAAGGAGGACAUCUUUAAGGACAACUUCGACGAGCUGGACAACUCGCGCGAGGUGGUGCAGCAGCUCGUGGACGAGUACAGCGCCGCCACCAGGCCCGACUACAUCUCCUGGGGAACACAGGAGCAGUGACCGCAGCCCAUUUCAUCAAAACUAUCACAUGGAAUGACUCCAAAUGAGGGCCCUGUUGUCUCGUUGUGUUUUCCAGCACUGACACGCAACCUAUUGGCCUAAUUUUCAUACUUUUUGCCGCUUCCCACUGAACCGUCCCCCGCAGCCUAGAGCCGAAGUGUGGCCUCGGGAGCGAUGACACAAUGCAUGAUGGGUUACUGCGGCCAGUGAGAAUAUCUGGUUUGCGAGUCUGGCUUUUGAAUCCUUGUGCUUGUAAAUGUAUUUUUAAAAUGAAAAGGCAGGUUCUGCACUGACAAAUAGAACAUACUUAAGGGACACUUCGUUCGGUCCAGUGCAAAAUGGCCACAUUUACAAAGAUGCUUUUUGAAUGACGCCGUCACAAAACUACUCGAUUAAUAUUGUAGUUUGUGGGUGUGUACCUAGUAAUGUGACCACUGAGUGUAUGGGUAAUGUUUUAUUUUACAUUGCUUGUUGGCUCUAUUUAAAAUGUAAAAUAAAGAUGUUUUUGAUGAAA